CCUCAGCAGCAUUACAUAAAACUCCGAAAAUCCUGCUGAAAAUAGCCCGCCUGACUCCGCUUUAACGGAGCUGCAACAAGUCCUCUGACGGACAGUGGAGCGUUUGGUUUUCAUUAGAUUGUCUCGACACUGACCCCCUGCCCCAUCUACAGUAAUGUGAAACCAGCACGCUGGCAGGCGCACUGUGCGGAAGAGAGCCGAGCGGAGCUGAUGCAGUCUGCUCUGCUUCACCCGGUCCGCAGGCUGGACACACAGCACCGCAAGCUCCACGACUGAUCGCUGCAAUGGCCAGCAAGUAGUAUCCGCGGGCAUCGAUGCUACACUAGUCUUCUCGGAGGGAUUAUUUGUUGUUCCUGGAGGUGUGAUCGCAGCCAUGAUGUGCUGUCAGACUCCCAGAAGUUUACGAAGUGGCGACGGGGGCUUCGCUCCUCUGCUGGCCGCUGCGCUGCUCAGCCUGUUCGUAGGGAUGAACCAGAGCACCGCGUUCCCCUCCUGGAGGUUAGAGGAAGAAGCUCACACCACUGUGUUGCUCAUUGGGAUCCGAAAAGAGGCCCGGUCACAAGUGCUUCACCUCUCCAGGAACAAGCGCUACACCCUCACCCCGGAGCAGCUCAAAUGGGACAAGUUCAAGCUGACGUACAAGUUGCUCUCCUUUCCCACAAACUUGAUAAAUGCCAGCGACACACGGCGGGGCAUUGCCAAGGCUUUUGGCAUGUGGAGCGACGUCUCGCCGUUCAGCUUCAGAGAGGUGCCAGCUGACCAAGACGCAGACAUUAAGAUUGGCUUCUACCCCGUCAACCACACAGACUGUUGGCAGUCCCACUUGCACCAUUGUUUCGACGGCAUUACAGGAGAAUUGGCUCAUGCAUUCUUCCCGCCAACAGGCGAGAUACACUUUGACGACGACGAGUACUGGAUUCUGGGAAACAUGCGCUUCAGCUGGAAGAAAGGGGUUUGGCUGACGGAUCUUGUUCAUGUGGCAGCUCAUGAAAUUGGCCAUGUCUUGGGACUCAUGCACUCCAUGGACCCGAAAGCUAUAAUGCACCUUAACGCAACAUUGACAGGGCGCAAGCUAAUCACACAGGAUGAGGUGUGGGGUAUGCAUCGUCUGUACGGAUGUUUGGACCGGUUAUUUAUCUGUCCGGCCUGGGCUCGAAAAGGCUAUUGCGACAGCAAGCGCAAGCUGAUGCAGAAGCACUGCCCCUCCAGCUGUGAUUUCUGUUACGAAUUCCCUUUCCCCACUGCAGCUCCCACUCCAGCCCCGCCAAGGACCAAACAUAAGCUAGUGGUCGAGGGCAAGAAGCUUACUUUUCGUUGUGGGAAGAAAAUAGCCUCAAAGAAAGGCAAAGUAUACUGGUACAAGGACGGGGAGCUGCUGGAGUUCUCUCACCCGAACUACAUCUCCUUGAAAGAUGACCACAUCACUAUAGUGGCCAACGCCAUCAAUGAAGGCACAUACACCUGCAUUGUGAAGAAAAAAGACAAAGUUCUCACUAACUACUCAUGGAGGGUACGUGUGCGCUUCUGAGGGUCAUGCCAGCUCCUCUGCACAUUGAACGGGACACAUUCACAAAUACAGUCCCCUGGAGACCUCAUUCACUAUGGGCACGUUUUUUUUAUUAAUGUCUUCCCUGUAUCUUCCACAUACAGUUCUCUAUUGUUGAAUGUGACUGUGUAAAUGCAUUUUCAUAUGUGCAAAAAAUAAAUGUUCCAUGACACGUA